AUGAUCAAGCCCAAUACCCCAGCUGACGAAGAAAAGGAGAUUUCAUUGCUGGUAGUGGCAGAGUCUGACCACUUGCCAGUAAUCCCUUUGGAACGAUUCUCGAAUUUUAACCACUUCAAACGUGUCACUUGCUGGAUCAAUCGUCUUGUGUACAAUUCCAAAAGGAAAAGGAAAGACAGGAUCCUGUCUAGCUGUUUGACCACCCUUGAACUCCAGCAAGCGGAGAAUUACUGGUACAAAUUCGUUCAAUUGAUUCACUUCAAAUCCGAGAUUGAAAACCUGAGCAGCAACCAUCCACUGCCCAACUCAAGCUCACUCAUCUCUCGAAACCCAUUCCUUGAUGAUAACAAGUUGCUUCGAGUCGGAGGCAGACAGCAACUAUCUCAAUCGUCUUAUGAAUCCAAGCACCCUCUGAUUCUGCAUGGAAGUCACAAGCUGACACGUGUGAUCAUAUUCACAGAGCAUAUUCGAUUGUUGCACGCUGGUCCAACACUGCUUGCCAGCUCUCUGAACAGACGGUAUCAUAUAAUUGGUGGAUACAAGGUCAUUCGCUCUGUCACAAGGAAAUGUGUCACUUGUCGAAAGUAUUCAGCCAAGCCCCUACCACAGAUGUUGGGACAGCUGCCACCGGAAAGAAUCACUCCUGGAUCUGUUUUCGACAAAGUAGGCAUCGACUAUGCCGGUCCAGUGCUGAUCAAGUAUAGUUAUGUCCGGAAACCAACUAUCGUAAAGGCAUACAUUUGUGUUUUUGUAUCGCUAUCGGUAAAGGCAGUUCACUUGGAAUUGGUGACCGAUCUGACAACGGACGCGUUCAUCGCUUGCCUAAGAAGGUUCAUCGCUAGACGUGGUCUACCUACACUCAUUUGGAGCGACAAUGGCACCAACUUUGUUGGUGCAUCUAGGCAGCUAUCAGAUGUCUACAAAUUCCUUGAAACGCAAGCGAAUCACCAAACCAUCAGUGGUCAUCUUGCUAGUCAAAAUAUAGAAUGGCGGUUCAUACCGCAACGUGCUCCACACUUUGGAGGUUUAUGGGAAGCUGCAGUAAAGAGUGUCAAGACCCACCUGCGCAAGAUCUUAGGCGAAGUCAAGAUGACGUAUGAGGAAAUGUCCACAGUCCUGUGCCAGAUUGAAUCUACCCUCAAUAGUCGACCGCUGACACCCCUGCACAACGAUGAUGAUGGCAUUGAGGCUCUCAUCCCGGGACACUUCCUCAUCAAUAGACCACUCAAGGCACUACCUGAUGUCUCAUCUAUAGCUCCUCGUCCACUCUCACUCUUGAAGCGAUGGCAAUGUUGUCAAUCAUUGGUACAGCAUUUUUGGAAGAGAUUCUCGACAGAAUACCUUUCUCAUAUAGGAAAGUUCUACAAAUGGCAACACCCAACAAGAAACAUUCGCAUUGGUGACCUUGUGGUCAUUAAAGAAGAUGCUCCCAUACGCAACCGAUGGCCAUUGGCUAAAGUAUUGAACGUUCAUCCAGGCAAGGAUGGUUUAGUGCGAGUGGCUCAGAUCAAGACGGCCGAUGGAACCUACACUCGUCCCAUUACCAAGCUCGCGGUAAUAUUACCGAUUGACGAACAAUGAGUAACUGUUGAACAAUGGCAAUGUACCUAAGACCAUCCGGUCUUGGCCGGCGGUAUGUUGAUGUGUACAAGCUAGGUGUUUAAUUACUUGAUGUUAUGCAAUAUUUACUAGGUUCAUAGUUUAAUGAGUUUGUGGUAAAUGUGUUGUUUUGUUCAAUUUUCUUUGUUGUGCGCAGGGCCCCUUGCUCUGGCCCUGCCCCCUUUGUUUUGUAUUUGCCAUCACCCACUAUCUUUCUCAGUUGUUGUUGUUGUUGUUUAUUGUAUUUUGUCUAAACUCACUAAGAAUUGUUGCAAAAGG